AUGGGGAUGUCCAACACAAGUGUGCUAAAGGGAAAGACGGAUAAGAUAGAAUCAAGAUCAUAUGUUUGUUUAUUUGUAGGAUAUCUAAAGGGAACGAGAGGCUACUACUUCUAUAAUCCUCUUGAUAAGAAGGUAUUUGUUAGCACAAAUGCAACCUUCUUAGAGGAUAAGUAUAUAGAAGAACACAAGUCUACUACUAAGAUUCUAUUGGAAGAGAUGUUAGAACAUGGUUCAAACAACUCAGUUCCAUAUUUUCGCAUAGAAUCUAAUAGUGAUGACUUGGAACCUCCUACUGAACCAAUGGUUGCUGAUGAAGCAAGUGAGCAAGUGAUGCCCACAGGGCCUCAUAGGGAAAUAGAACCAGAGGUAGUAGAAAAUGAGGCAUCCAUUGUUGAAUCUCCACAUGUCCCUACAAAUGGGGAUAAUGAGCAUGUUGUUCCUGAAGGGCAGGAUCAAACAGUGGGAAGAGAGGAAGAACCUUUGGCGAUCUCUACUGAGCAAGAAGAAGAUCCCACUUCGUUUAAGAAAGUAAUGGAGGAUGUAGACUUUGAAUCAUGGAAUUAG